AUGCGCGAUAAGCGAAGCCGAGGAGAGCAGGACCCCGCCAAGAUUGAUGGAGCAAGGACGUCAGGACUGGAGUGGACAUCGAUUGUAUGUCCUUUGACACUAGACGUGGAGCUCACAAUUCCUCGCAGGCCUCACAUGGAGUUGUGCUCUCUACAGCUGGAGGGAACGGUCAUGGAUGUGGACGUGCAGGAUAGGGACACGAUCUACAAGAAGACUCGCAUUACAAACCAGCAGGGGAGGAUCGCAAUAAAGGGCAUACGGGCGGAUAGGGUGGACGUGUACUCUGUGCUAAGCGGUAUGGAGGCCAGAGAAGUGAGAUCGGGACGUGGAAAGACCCUGGAUGUGUCGGCAGUGUCCCCUGUGGGCGCGGUUGUGGUGUCUGUCGCGAAGGUACCGAGGACAAGGCUGGACGUGAAGGCCAUAUCAGGACGAUUGGGUGUGGAUGUUGCGCUGCCCAGGGCAUACACGGAUCAGGUCGCGCUGAAGACUUCGUUCAAGAACGCGUCGAUGACUGUGGAGGAGGACAAGGGGAUGGAGAAUGUGAAGGAAAGAGGAGAUGGGCAGCGGCAGAGACUGAGGAACCGCGUGCGGCUGGAGAGCAGAGGCCAAGGGACCCAUGUCCGUCUUUCGUACCAUUAA